CGGGAGUUGUAGUUUGAGAGUUCAAGUCCGGUCAUUUCGAAGUAGCAUUUUAAAUAACGCUGCACUCCAGUCCCCAUGGUACAUGCGCGGCUGUAUGUGGGCGCUGUACAGACAGGACUCGGUCUGGAUUUAUUGUUUUAUAUUUUAGUUGGAACAAGCGGAACGUGAAGGUGGCGGCAGUGGCAAUACUCGUUGUGAAACAACACAUUAAUCCAAAAAAGAGACUAGUAUAGUUAUUUUAUUCAUACGAGGGAUAUUGCAACUUUAUAACCAGCGCCGACAAAUCGAGACGUGGCAGGGAGGUUUAGUUCACAUGUGUGUUUUUAUUGAAGACCACGGAAGAUUGACAGUGCUGCUUUCUCUGUCUGUGUUUUGCAAUGAGGGUAUGGUGAUGUACUGGUGCUGUGAGAUCAUCCACUGUCGUGCCGCUCUUCAGUCAGUGUGCUCGGCUGAUAAAGCCAUUUCUACAUGUAGGUUAUUCAUAUUACGAUGUAAUACGCAGAUACAGGUAUUCGUUUAUCUAAGUUUGGCGUGAGGGUGCUGUUGGUCUUAGUUUUAAGUGCUACUCGCAAAAAAAACAGGAUAACAAAACAAGCUUAAAAAAAAUAACGACACCUCUCACCAAUACUGGGUUCCACAUGCUGUGGCAGCUUGGAAAACCAUUACGAGCUCGUUUGAGAGCGAUUAUUGCAAGGGACACAUUGGAUUGAAAAGUCCUUCACGCACGGAUAACAGAACUGUCCAAAACUGAAGCGAACUGAACUGCAGCACGGCCAGAUGACUUAUGAUGAGGGCGGUCUUUUUAACGACUAAAUAAAACAAGUGUCGGAUUGAGGAAGCCAGCGCUGGGGAAUUUAAAGAGGGUCGAUUGAAUUGUAAUGUAAAAAAAAAAAAAAAAAGAUAGUGUUAAUUAAAAUGCCUUUAAGAUGACAUAUUGGUGGAAAACUCAGGUCGGAAAAGUUAGAUUAAUUUAAAAAAAUAGCUAAUCUAUUUUCACUGGUCUGGCCGUUUUUCGUUGACACAUUUCAAAGGAACAGCAAUCUUAACUACAUUAUUAUUACUAAUACAAUGUGAAUUACUAUUUAUAACAUAUACAUGGCUUUAAAGAGUGGCUAGAUAACAAUUAAUUGAUAUAACUCGUGAAAUGAAUGCAGAUACAGUUAUUAAGCGAGCAACAGCUGUAUGCUUUGGGAAUCCUUAUUUACGGGGCAUUAGUAUUGUGUGCACUGAAAAUGUUUACUUGUAACCGAGACCCCUGUAUUUACUUAUUGAGGAUCCCGACCCUGCAGCGGGCUUGUUUCUUCGGUUGAAGGGUAGUCCGUCGCCAGUUUGUGUGUGUGUUUACAUAAGCAGCUGUUAGGGUUGCAGUUUCCGCAUUUUCUCGCAGCGCAGCGGCAGUGUGCUGGGAUUGUGUUGGGAGUUUGCUGUUGAUUGAUGCUUCCCGGAGGUGGCCGGCCCAUGAAAGACUGCGAGUAUAGUCACAUAAGUACUCGCAGCUCGUCGCCCAUGGAGUCCGCACACAAAAACAACACUCCCAGGAGAAAAUGGGAAGUUUUCCCCGGCAGGAACACAUUUCUCUGCAAUGGAAGGAUUAUAAUGGCUCGACAGACCGGCGUCUUUUAUUUCACCCUGGUCCUGAUUGUGGUCACCAGCGGACUGUUCUUCGCUUUUGAUUGCCCAUACCUAGCGGUACACAUCACCCCCGCUGUGCCGGUGAUAGGAGGGAUCUUGUUCUUCUUUGUGAUGGGAACCCUGCUGAGGACCAGUUUCAGUGACCCCGGAGUUCUGCCCCGAGCCACCGCACAUGAAGCAGCUGACCUGGAGAGACAAAUAGAUGUUGCCAAUGGCUCCAGUUCAGGAGGAUAUCGUCCCCCUCCAAGGACCAAAGAGGUGACCAUCAACGGACAGAGUGUGAAACUGAAAUACUGUUUCACCUGUAAAAUAUUCCGACCGCCUCGUGCCUCUCAUUGCAGCCUUUGUGACAACUGUGUGGAGCGCUUUGAUCACCACUGUCCGUGGGUGGGUAACUGUGUGGGGAAAAGGAACUACCGCUUUUUCUACAUGUUUAUUUUGUCGCUGUCUUUCCUGACCAUCUUUAUAUUUGCCUUUGUCAUCGCCCACGUCAUCCACCGGUCUCAUCAGACAGGAUUCUUGAACGCACUGAAGGACAGUCCCGCUAGUGUGCUGGAAGCAGUCGUUUGCUUCUUCUCUGUGUGGUCUAUUGUCGGUCUCUCAGGAUUUCACACAUACCUGAUCAGCUCCAAUCAAACCACCAAUGAAGACAUUAAGGGAGCAUGGUCAACUAAAAGAGGCAAAGACAACUACAAUCCCUACAGCCAUGGGAACAUUGUCACUAACUGCUGCGUGGCGCUGUGUGGACCAGUACCUCCCAGUUUAAUUGAUAGAAGAGGCUUUAUACAGCCAGAUACACCACAGUCAGUAGCACCAUCUAAUGGAAUCACGACGUAUGGGGCGACACAGUCUCAUAGCAACAUGUGUGACCAGGACCAGUGCAUUCAGAGCACUAAAUUCGUUUUGCAGGCUGCAGCCACACCCCUGUUGCAGACUGAGCCCCACCUGGCCAGCGACGAGCUGCCCCUCCCGGGGAAGAUCCCCCUCAGCGCCCCCUGUGCCCCCCUCACCCUCGGGCAGCCCACCCCGCCAUCCUCCACGCCAAACCUGUCGUGCGACACCAUGCUGUCGGACAUGCUGCCAGCGCGGGAGGAGCAGGGAGGACCCCACUUCCUGACCCCAGAGGAGGUCCCCUCCCUACGGGGAGUGCUCUCCUCGGGGAGCUCCCUGACUCACAGCCACACCAUGCAUGUGUUCAACCUGGCCAGCCAGGACUCUCUGCAUGAAGACUCGGUGCGAGGCCUUGUCAAGCUGAGCUCUGUCUGAGCCCAUCCGUCCCCACUGAAAUCCCUGUGAUAUUCCCAGGACAGACUGGAAUGGACAUGCAGAGGGACUCAUACCCAGGACAGACUGGAAUGGACAUGCAGAGGGACUCAUACCCAGGACAGACUGGAAUGGACACGCAGUGGGACUCAUUCCCAGGACAGACUGGAAUGGACACGCAGUGGGACUCCCCUUUCGAAGCUUGUGUUUUGGUUCUUAGUUAAAUGCUGCCUUGGGGAGCCUUCAGGUUAUGCAGGCCAGUCAUGCCAGACUUGAGGCACAGUUCCACUGUGAUGAUCAUACAAGACAUUGUGACACGCCAUGCUGAAUCCCUCCUGAAAUGGAACGCAUCGUUUGGUAAAGCAGCCAGUGUGGACACAAUGGGCUUCUCUUAUACUGUGCAAGUGUCUAACCCAUAUUCUAGCUGUUCAUCGUGUGUAUAUAUUCAAGUCUGUGCCAUUCUGGACUGAGAUACAUGAUUUUCCUGUUUUAAGGUUGAGAAUGAAGCUCCUUGUUUCAGUCAUUUAAAGAAAUCUACAGAUAAAGAAAUCUACAGGAAUAAAAUGCUUUUUGCUGUUUUAUAUUCAUGACCAACGGCACUAUUUUCUAAAAGGACUGCAACGAUAUACAGUGUAUAUAUUGUAAUAGAUACUAUUCUUGCCUUUCUUUGUAGUGAAUCCCUUUGACAAUGUAUCAGCAGCAUCAUGUUUCAUAUUAUUUAAUCUUCUUUAUGUUUGAAAUGGUUAAAAUGAUGGCAUUGUGUUGUGCCAUAUCAUCAUUUUAUUAUCUCCAAAUGUUAGAUUUCAUGUGGACAUGAAUAAAAUUACAGCUCUUA